CUUGAUUCUGUAAUUCCAGUACUCAUGAUAAAUUUGAUACUGAUUGGCUCAAUAGUGUUAAUGUGGGAUGAGUCGCCCGAGCACGGGAGGGCGACCUAGCACUUCCGGACCACGAAGUGGUGUGGACCCUGCUGAUCGUGAGAAGGAGAUCCUCGAGGGCCCCAAGAAGAUCAUCCACACUUACCCUUUGUUGCGACAUUCUGAUAUGCCAGAGGAGAUGAAGAGUGAAACAAUGGAACUGGUGGUCACGGCAUGCGAGAAGCAUUCCAAUAAUAACGAGAACGCUGCCAAGAUGAUCAAGGAAGAACUGGAUCGCAAAUAUGGUCCCUCGUGGCACGUAGUCGUCGGUGAAGGUUUCGGUUUUGAGAUUUCUCACGAGAGUAAGAACAUGCUGUACAUGUUUUGCGGUGGUAACCUUGGGAUCUGCGUGUGGAAGUGCUCUUGA